UUCUCACGAAGGAUCCUCCUCAGAAGAAAAACCCUUUUUUCCGCCCCUUUCGCCAUCGGCAGGUCACGAGAAUCGGUGGUUCCCACCCCGUCCGAAGGGCGCCCUUCGUCUCUCUCGUUUUAGGGUUUCAGCUGCGGCACCACCAUACCAUCACCAUGUCCGGACCUGGCAUCCAUCCAUACCAUCAGCAGUGGGCCCCAUCACCAGCCCCACCACCACCUCCCCCUCCUCCCGCAAUCCCAGUCGAAAAUCCUAACGCCGGCCGCGCUCCCACAGAUGAGGUCCGUACAAUCUUCAUCUCGGGCCUACCUGAAGACGUGAAGGAGAGGGAGCUCCUGAACUUGCUGAGGUGGCUUCCAGGCUACGAGGCUUCUCAGGUGAACUUCAAAGGAGAGCAGCCCAUGGGAUUUGCGCUCUUCUCCACGGCCCAGUUUGCAAUGGCCGCGAGGGAUGCACUUCAGGAGAUGGUUUUCGAUACGGAGGCCAAGUCUGUUUUGCAUACGGAGAUGGCAAAGAAGAAUCUUUUUGUCAAGAGAGGUGUGGUUGGUGAUUCUAGUUCCUUUGAUCAAAGUAAGCGCUUGCGAACUGGUGGUGACUAUACUCACACGGGUUAUCCAAGUCCCGCUCCUUUUCACCCUGCAGCUCCACCUGUUUGGGGACCCCAAGGGUAUAUUACUCAACCUGCUCCAUAUGAUCCAUACGGUGGCUAUCCAGUUCCUCAAGUUGCCAUGCCUACUCCCGCUCCCUUGCCAGCACCUACUGGUUAUGCUCCUGUUCAUAACACAAAAGAUAAUCCUCCUUGCAAUACUCUCUUUAUUGGCAACCUUGGAGAAAACAUAAUCGAGGAAGAAUUGAGGGGCCUUUUUAGUGCACAACCUGGUUAUAAGCAAAUGAAGAUUUUGCGGCAGGAGAGAAACACGGUGUGCUUCAUUGAAUUUGAAGAUGUGAACAGUGCAACAACAGUGCACCAGAAUUUGCAGGGUGCUGUUCUCCCUAGUUCUGGACGUGGCGGCAUGCGAAUACAAUUCUCGAAGAACCCGUUCGGGAGGAGGAAGGAUGGAGGCAACGGCAUGGUUGCAGCUGCUGAGACUAAUGGCGCUCCCACCUAUCAGUAGCUGGAAGGGAUGUAUUCUGCUCUUUUUGCUCCUAAUGAAGAAUAUAAGAAUGGACCACAUGAUGGGCAUCAUGCCAUUGCAUCUCAUGACAUGAAUCAUCAUUAGCAUCUCUGCUUGUGUGAAUGCACAUGGGGAUCAUGAGUGCCAUUGCCAUCUUUCAUGUGGGUUAAAAAAAAAAAAAAAGGUUACUUGGGGCAUUAUCUUUGUUGAAGGCGUGCAUCGGCAUCGGGCAAUUCAGUUGAAUUGGUCACAUUUUGUUCUAAAUAGGAAGGUUCAUGGGGCACAUAUCCAUUUGCGGAUUCAUAUGCAGGGACAUUUGGUCUAUGUUUUGCAUUGUGACAUUAGGGAUUAUACUUCUAGAGACAUACAUCUUGCCUUAA